AUGACUUAUAAUAUUUCAACCGGUCGCCUUGAUUCGGAUGAGGAAACCGAAUAUUUGUCGGACCGGGAUAAUUCGCCUGUACAUGUGUUGCGCCCCAUGAACGAGGAUGAGGAUAUUCAUCAUCGGGAUUGGAGCUAUACGCCGCCUCGAAGUCGUCGCAGAGGACGAGGACUGACAGUACACCGCCCUGAAAGAUCCUUGAGUCACGAUCGGUCUCGCAAAUUCUAUACUGAUAGUCGAGACCCAGAGGGCUCUAUAUACCCUACCUCUGUGGAGAGACCAUCUAGAUCAGUGCAUUGGAAGCAUCCUGCUCCGGCUAGUUCCGAAACAAAGGAUUUGGCCCCGGAGACUGGAGAGAAGUCGGAUAGCAGCAUCAAAAGUCAAAAGAAUACAUUCGACACGGUAUUGUGUUCUGCGGAUGAAGCAAAAGAUAUCACCGUGCAUCUCGAUCUUGGUGCCUCACUCGAUCUCUCCGAUGAAUUGUCACACUUAUCGAGAUUGAAUCGCUUGGGCCAUUUCAAAGCCGGGAUAUCCUUUUUCGAAUCUCGACUCGCUCAACAUAUGGACUUUUUUCCGGUUGUAGCAGAAUACGCUGAUCUUCUGCAGCAACAAGGAGCCUUCGGCAAUAUGUCCCGGUUUGUUCAUACCCGAUGCCAUGAUUCUUCAGUAAGUUACUCUCACAAUGAGAUGACUUUGUUGAAAUUGCUGGAGUGUGUUGCAAACAUUCAUACCAAGGGUGCACUUCUCCCAGCUCUUGAGAUGGCAAAGUCGGUUCUAGGACAAAGCGAGGAACUUGAUGACGGUUCAAACCAAGAGAAUCUGUCUCGGUAUCGGUCCCAUUCUCUACCGAAAACAACUUCACAACACCUGUCGGAAGAUGUGCAGAUGAAAAAGUCAACGGAAAAGUCAAAAUUUGGGCCAGAGGGAUCUUUUCGCAUACAAAAAUGUUCAUGGUUUCACUCAUCUAUUGGGAUGCGGGUAUGA